AUGGCGGCCAAAUUGACCCUCCAGUCUACCCGCCGAAUGCUAUCCGGCCAUGAAAUCCCCGCUAUUGGCAAUCCAUCUUCUACUGAGAAAGCCACCGCAGAGGCCCUUAAUGUGGGAUUCCGCCAUGUCGACUCAGCGAUCAUGUAUCGCAACGAGAAAGGCUGUGGCCGCGCGAUCCAGAACUCGGGACUCGACCGAUCUGAGAUCUUUCUGACCACGAAGAUUCCUCCGGGAUCAAUGGGUUACCAGCAGACCAAACAAGCCGUCAACUCCAGUCUACGAGAGGCAGGACAGGAUUAUUUUGAUCUAAUUCUCAUCCAUGCACCGUACGGCGGUAAGACUGCCCGACUCGGCGCAUGGGAAGCUCUUGUUGAAGCCCAGAAAUCCGGCAAGGUGAGAUCUAUCGGGGUUUCUAACUACGGAAUCCACCACCUUGAAGAGCUGGAGGCGUAUAUCGAGAACGGAGGCGGGGCGAGAUCUCAGUCGGACAACCAUUCGGAUAUCAUUGCAUGGCUGCAGAAACGAAACAUCAUUGUUGAGGCAUAUUCGCCUCUCGCGCAUGGAGAACGACUCGAUGAGCCUGUGCUGCAGAUAAUCGGGAAUAAAUAUAACAAGUCACCGGCCCAGGUGAUGAUUCGAUGGAGCUUGCAGAUGGGUUUGCUGCCAUUGCCCAAGUCAGUGACGCCCCACCGAAUCCGGGAGAAUACAGAGGUGUUUGAUUUCGAAUUAUCGGCGGAUGAUAUGAAAUUGCUGGAUACGGGGGAGUAUUGUCCGACAGACUGGGAUCCAACGGUGGAUGAGGAUUAG